CUCGCCACGGUGGAGAGCUUUGCGCAAGUUUGGUUCUUUAAUUUGCAGAUCAGAUGGACAUGCGCAUAACGGGCUUGGGGUGGUCGCUUUCGAACACGUCCUCGUUUUCAAAGCAUCCCCAGCUGCAGCAACAGGAAAAAAAGACGAGAUGCACUAAAACUUUCUACAGCUUUAACGAGGGAAAGUAAGGGAAUCGGAGAAAUGUAUGUAAAAGGAGAAUUCCGUUUAAACCACUGUUUCUGAUUUCCUCAAAACCGGACAUAGACAAGCAUGAUUACAUAGAAUCUGUCUGUUCCAGACAACGGAAAAGAAACAAAAGUUUGGAGAGUUUGGGGUAGGCUGAAGUAUGGCGCGAGAGGUUGGAGAAACCGGAGAAAAAGAUCCCAAAAUUAAGAAGCAGAAGAAGAAGAAAAGCAAGAAAGAAGGCAAAACCAGGAUCGUACACGCCAAUUUACUAUAUGAUAAUGCCAAAGGAGAAGAAAAUCCAAACAGACACUAUGCAAACAACAAGAUUAAAACAACCAAAUAUACGCUGCUCUCGUUCUUGCCGAAGAACCUCUUCGAACAGUUCCACCGAUUUGCCAACGUGUAUUUUGUUUUCAUAGCUUUAUUGAAUUUUGUGCCCGUGGUGAAUGCUUUUCAACCAGAGUUAGCCCUCGCCCCGGUUGUCUUUAUUUUGUCUGUUACCGCAAUUAAGGAUCUAUGGGAGGAUUACAGGAGACACCGCUCAGAUAAAGAAAUAAAUCAUAUGGAUUGUCUUGUCUACAGCAGGGCUGAGCGCCGCUACCUGGAGAAGUACUGGAAGGAGGUUCGCGUGGGAGACUUCAUCCGGCUGCGCUGCAACGAGAUCGUGCCAGCCGACGUGCUGCUGUUCAGCUCCAGCGACCCCGACCGCCUGUGCCACAUCGAGACGGCCACGCUGGACGGGGAGACCAACCUCAAGCAGCGGCAGGUCAUCCGCAGCUUCAUCGACCUGGAUUGCGAGUUCGAUCCAUCCAAGUACAACAGUGUCAUUGAAUGCGAGAAGCCCAACAACGACCUGAACCGCUUUCGAGGUUACAUAAUCCACCGCAAUAACCGUAGAGAUGGGCUUUACAAAGAGAACCUGCUACUCAGGGGGUGCACCGUUCGUAACACAGAGGAAGCUGUCGGCAUCGUCAUCUACGCAGGUCAUGAGACGAAAGCCAUGCUGAACAACAAUGGUCCUCGCUACAAGCGGAGCAAGCUGGAGAGGCAGAUGAAUGUAGACGUGUUCUGGUGUGUCAUCAUCCUGCUCGUCAUGUGCCUGUUCGCCGCCAUAGGUCACGGGCUUUGGAUGUUUCAAUAUGGAGAUAAGCGUCCCGUAUUCGACGUGCCCAGCCCCGACGGGAUGGACUUAUCGCCUGUGCUGUCGGCCAUUUAUCUCUUCCUCACCAUGAUUAUCGUCUUCCAGGUGCUGAUCCCCAUCUCGCUGUUCGUGUCCAUCGAGAUCGUCAAGAUCUGCCAGGUGUACUUCAUCCACCAGGACAUGGAGCUGUACGACGAGGAGACCGACUCGCACCUGCAGUGCCGCGCCCUCAACAUCACCGAGGACCUGGGCCAGAUGCAGUACAUCUUCUCUGACAAGACCGGCACGCUCACCGAGAACAAGAUGGUGUUCCGCCGCUGCACCGUGGCCGGUGUGGAGUACUCCCACGAUGCCAAUGCAAAACGGCUGGCCUUGUAUCAGGAGGUGGAUUCGGAGGAAGAGGACUGCAAGUCCCAUGGUGGCACGUUGCCGAGACGCGACAGUGUGACCAGCCAUCAGAGUGGCAGGGUGGUGCUGCGCUCCCAGAGCACCAAGUCUCACCGGCGCACGGGAAGCAGAGCCGAAGCCAAGAGGGCCAGCAUUCUCUCCAAGCACACCGCCUUCAGCAGCCCCAUGGAGAAAGACAUCACUCCCGACCCGCAGCUGCUGGACAAGGUGAACGACGGCGCCAGUCAGAUGGAGUUCAUGCGUUUCCACAGCACGGGCCUCAGCCAGAUCCCCUCCGACCUCAACGACAUCAUAGACUUCUUCAUCGCCCUCACCAUCUGCAACACCGUGGUGGUGUCCUCGCCCAACCAGCCCAGGCAAAAGGUGCGGCGGUUCGAGCUGAAGUCCCCGGUGAAGACCAUCGAGGACUUCAUCAAGCGCUUCACGCCCAGCCGCCUGACCUCAGGCUCCAACAGCAGCAGCCUGUCCAGCCUGGUCACCAACCGCUCCUCCUCGCACCGCGGCUGCUCCAGCGUCCUCACCUCGCCCUCCGCCGAGAGUACCCUCACCAAGCUGGACGAGGUGCGCCAAGCCAACGCCUCCACCCUCUCCGCCUGCAACUCUGGCGCCGGUGCGGGCAUCGGCACCCUGGAUCACCACUUCAGCACCGUGCCCACCUCCGUGGAUGGACUGAAGUCCCCCUGGGGAGGGGUGGUGGAGGAAGGGGAGCUGCGUUACGAGGCUGAGUCCCCUGACGAGGCGGCGCUGGUGUACGCGGCCAGGGCCUACAAGUGCUCGCUGGUGGGCCGGCUGCCGGACCAGGUGACGGUGGAGCUGCCUCACAUGGGCAAGCUGAGCUUCGAGCUGCUGCACACGCUGGCCUUCGACUCCACACGCAAGCGCAUGUCCGUGGUGGUCAAGCACCCGCUCACCGAGCAGAUCACCGUCUACACCAAAGGAGCCGACUCGGUCAUCAUGGACCUCAUCAAACCACCCACAGAUGACUCCAAAGGCAAGCGGCAAAAGAAAAUCCUGUACAAGACCCAGAACUAUCUGAACCUCUACGCCAAAGACGGCCUGAGAACACUCUGCAUCGCCAAGAAGGUGAUGAGUAAGGAGGAGUAUGCCCGCUGGCUACAGCACCAUCUGCAGGCCGAGACAGCCAUACAGGGCAGAGAGCAGCUACUCUUCGAAUCAGCCCUACGCCUCGAGACCAACCUGCACCUACUGGGAGCGACGGGGAUUGAGGACCGGCUCCAGGACGGUGUUCCUGAGACCAUCGCGGCGCUGCGUAAGGCGGGCCUGCAGAUCUGGGUGCUGACGGGCGACAAGCAGGAGACGGCCAUCAACAUCGCCUACGCCUGCAAACUGCUGGACCCCGAGGAGGAGAUCAUCACCCUCAACGCCGACUCCCAGGAGGCCUGUGCCGUACUGCUGGAGGACAGCCUGCACUACAUCCAGGCCAAGUUCAUGUGCGGCACCUCGGCAGAGCACAGCACCACCACCACCACCAAGGCCUUCCAGAACCAACACAACCAGCACCAGCCCUUCACUGCCUUCCACCUCCCCCCGUUCUCCUGCUCCCCCUCCGGCCCUUCCUCCUCCUCUUCUUCCUGCUCCUCCUCGGCAGCAGCCAUGGCGGCGGCGGCGGCAGCGGGGCCCUUCCUGGUGCACCGGCUGGGGCUGGUGAUCGACGGGCGCACCCUGGCCUACGCGCUGGACCAGAGCCUGGAGGACAAGUUCCUGGCGGUGGCGCGCAGCUGCCGCUCGGUGCUCUGCUGCCGCUCCACACCACUGCAGAAGAGCAUGGUGGUCAAGCUGGUGCGCAACAAGCUCAAGGUCAUGACCUUGGCCAUCGGUGAUGGGGCCAAUGAUGUCAGCAUGAUCCAGGUUGCUGAUGUUGGCGUGGGCAUCUCGGGACAAGAAGGAAUGCAGGCGGUGAUGGCGAGUGACUUUGCGCUGCCUCGUUUCCAGUACCUGCAGAAGCUGCUGCUGGUCCAUGGCCACUGGUGCUACUCUCGCCUGGCCAACAUGAUCCUCUACUUCUUCUACAAGAACGCGAUGUUUGUGGCACUUAUCUUCUGGUACCAGUUCUACUGUGGCUUCUCGGGGUCGGCCAUGAUCGAUCAGUGGUAUCUGAUCUUCUUCAACCUGAUGUUCUCGGCCUUCCCGCAGCUCAUCACCGGCACGCUGGACAAGGACGUGUCGGCCGAGACCCUCCAGGAACUACCUCAGCUCUACAUGAGCGGACAGAACUCAGAGGAAUACAAGCCAUAUAUGUUCUGGAUGAACAUGAUUGAUGCCUUCUACCAAAGCCUUGUCUGCUUCUUCAUUCCUUAUUUUGCAUAUGCUGACUCGAAUGUGGACUUGUUCACGUGGGGGACUCCCAUCACCACACUGGCCUUGUUUACCAUCCUCCUCCACCUGGGCAUCGAGACCAAAACAUGGACGUGGAUGAACUGGGCCUCCAUCGCGUUCAGUAUAGUGCUGUUCUUCACGGUGGCCCUGUGCUACAACGCCUCCUGCCCCACCUGCUACGCCCCCUCCAACCCCUACUGGACCAUGCAGAGGCUGCUGGGAGAUCCGCUCUUCUACCUGCUGUGUGUCAUCACGCCCCUCACCGCCCUCCUGCCCAGAUAUUUCUACCGGGCGUGCCAGGGCUCGCUGUUCCCCAGCCCGGUGCAGGUGGGCCGGCAGCUGGACCGGCUCCCGGUGGAGGUGCGCCGCAACCUGCUGAGCCUCAACUGGAUGAAGGUGGGCUCCCUGGGCUCCCUCUUCGGGCCGCGGCCCUCCAUCUUCCCCUUCUUCGCCUCCCUCCCCAGGGGCUGCGGGCCCCGCUCGCAGAAGGCCCGCCUCACGCCCUCCUCCUUGUCCUCUUCCUCCUCCUCCUCCUCCUCCUCCCCCUCUUCCUCCUCGACCUCCAAGAAGCCAGAGGCGCCAGGCAGUGCUGCGCACUCCCCCAGCCUGGAGACGGGGCCCAGCUGUCCGGGCUCGAAGCAGCAGACAGCCGACCAGCGCACAAGCGUCCAGCAGCAGCAGGAGUCACCGCAGCAGCAGGAGUCACCGCAGCAGCAGGGCCGGGGACGGCCACACAAGCAGCAGCAGAGCUCAGGCUGCAACCAACCCCCUUCCCACUCCCCUUCCCCGUCCCCUCACUUAAACAGCACAGGGGCAACCCCCCACAGCCCCCCCACAGACACAGACACCCUGCCUUACACCAAAGAGCCCCGGCACGCCAAGGAGCCCCCAGACCCCCUCUCUGUUGCCACAGUUGGGGAGGUGGACUUUAGGCCUCGCAGCAGCAUGACCUCCACACCACUGCUGCAGCCGGCUGCGGCCGCCCAGGGCGAGGGCGAGGGUGGUGGGGGUGUUGGGAGACGCACUCAGGGCAGCGGGGCCCAGGGAGGGAGGGACUACGGGAGUGAUGCCAGCCCCAUGCACAGACUCAUCCCCCAGGGGAGCGGGGCGUACAACAGCACCCAGGAGUCAGACUUGGAUAGAGAAUACGCCCUCAAAACGACUCCACUCUGAUCUUUUAUACUCCCCAACUACACACACACACACACACAGGCACACACAGGCACACACAGGCACACACAGGCACACACAGGCACACACAGGCACACACAGACACACACAGACACACACAGACACACACAGACACACACAGACACACACAGACACACACACACACACAAACACUAAAACGCUGGCAAAGACAUACGUACACACACAUGCAUAUGUAUUACGCCAAUCUCAUUUUGCACGUCAUUUCUAAGAUUUUUUUAUUUUAUUUUUUUCUGGAGAAUUAUUUUAUAAAAAGUUAUAGAUGGGUACUAUACAUUUAUAUAUGCAUUUUUAUAGGUGUAAAAAGUGAAACCAAAUUAUGGAGAUGAUUUUUGUCAGAUAUUUAGCUCGUGCUUUUGCAACUGGAGUUUUUCAUAUCAAUGUUUUCUGUCUGUUUGUGUAGUAUGCGUGUGAGCGCGUUUCUGUGUGGGUAUGUAUUUUAAAUGCUGCCAUACCAUAACUUGUUUUAUUUAAGUUCCAUCUCAGAACUGGAUGCGGUAUUUCUGGUAUUACUGUACCUGUAAAGGAAUCUUAAUGAGAACCAUUCCUUUAUCUGUUUCUAGAUGGGCUUGUUCCGCCUUUGAAAGCCACACACCUUUGAAGCCUUAUCUUUCCCCUCUCUCUCUCUCUCUCUCUCUCUCUCUCUCUCUCUCUCUCUCUCUCUCUCUCUCUCUCUCUCUCUCUCUCUCUCUCUCUCUCUCUCUCUCUCUGUCACUCUCUCACUGAGUUACACCAACAGCAGACGGAUGCUGUGCUGUUCACCCUUUCGUUUUGUCUGGUUCCUCAACUAUGCCUCAGCCUCUCUCUGUCAUUGAAGCCAAAGACAAAACUAAGUGGUGUUUCUGAAGGCAGCUUGGCUAUCAAAAGCUCUGCUUUUUGGAAGAUCUUUCUUUAGCAAGACUUAAGACACUUGACUGUGGAGGGUGGCCUAUCUUAUUUUCAACACCACAGGAGAAAGGUGAUUAGUCCAGUAAAACUUGAAACUGAGUGUGAGGAGCUCACUAAACGGGAGAGAUUAUACAAGAGUAGCUUUCCCCAUAGUCAGAGAAGGGGGUGCGCCUCACAGCAGACCAGCCUCUCUCUCUCUCUCUUGCCUUAACACUUUUUUAAGGGCUCUCUUAUAAUUCACAGAUGCCAGCACUCGGUGUGUCUUUACUCGUCUGUCUUUAACACUUUAUCAUGCUGCUUUCCCCCCCUCGUCAGACGUUUUAUAUAUGUAUGAAUGUCUAUUUUCAGCAAGAGUUAUCACCGCUAUAUCGCAGUAUCCACUGAUAUCGUUAUAGUUGUUACAACCCUGCUAUUUUUCUGUACGGUAAGCUAAUGCUACAGUAGGCGGUAGCUCACUUUUAGAUUGCAUUUAUCAGAGUCUUUAUAUGGUAAACAAAGCUAACUUUCCACAUGGGAGAAAUUGGCAUGACUAGCACCAGUACCCCUACACUAUCGGCCAUCAAUGGUGAUAAUGUUUUGCAGUAUAGGGGUAGUAUUGAUGGCGUUAUGCGUUUUUUUGUUGUUGUUUU